GCAGAAUGUGCACUUAGCAGUUCAUGCUGAGAACUUCAAGUCUGAAAUUGUCAGUGUGAAGGAGAUGCGAGAUAUCUGGUCGUGGAUCCCAGAGCGAUUUGCACUUUGCCAGCCCCUCUUGCUUUUCACCACCUUGGAACACGGCUGUAGUCUGAGCAGGUUCUACUCUCACAGCGAGGGACACGAACCAACUCUUCUCCUCAUCAAGACCACGGCAAAAGAGGUCUGUGGGGCCUUCCUGUCAACAGACUGGAGCGAGCGCAGGCGAGGAGGGAACAAGCUCAGCUUCUUUGGAACUGGGGAGUGCUUUGUGUUCAGGCUGCAGCCAGAAGUGGAACGCUACGAGUGGGUGAUCAUCAAACACCCAGAACUGGCCACGACUGCUUCAGAGCCAGAAAACCAUAGCUCAGGAGGUCCCAGCAGCCUCUCCUCCAGCGCGCCCCCAGAGCCCUCGGACCGCCUGUCCCCCUUCCUCUCGGCUCGGCAUUUCAACCUGCCUUCCAAAACUGCCUCCAUGUUCAUGGCUGGCAGCAGCGAGUGCAUCAUUGUCGGAGGUGGUGAUGGCCAGGCUCUUUACCUCGAUGCAGAUCUGAACCAUGGGAGAACCAGCCACUGCAAUACUUUCAAUAAUCAACCCUUGUGCUCUGAAAGCUUCCAGAUCUCUGUCUUGGAGGUGUGGGGCUUCAGGGACACCAUGAACGGUUGAUGUGACUAUCAUUAAUCAACUAGUUUUUCAGUUGUCCUAGGAUUUGUCCCAAGGCAAAUUCUAAUUCAGGAGCCAAGUUAGAACAUAAUUUCUGCUGGGCUCAGUGGGGUUUUUAGUAAUUACUAAGUGGUGCACUUGAAUGCA